UAUGCAUUUCAUGACGGGUCGUAGCAAUGCUCUGGAUUUAAACGGAACAUUAUCCUGUGGAGGCACUGAGUGAAGAGUAAGACCAACAGCUGACCAACAUACCAUCGCAUUGUUCCCUCAAGUCUACACAAGUAUCAAAUUACAGAUCCCCUGCUGAUAUGAAGUAUUUAAGAUGAUCAGUCAAAUGGAGGUUUUAACGGAAGCAGAGGAUAUUAAACUCAACAGGUCCUCAACACAAGUGAUACUAAAUGCUGACUAUAAAGGGAGCAACCAGGAUACAUCGGACGAGGAUAACAUCACAGAAGAAGAGCUGACGGAAUCUGACGAAAACGAUGGAGUUAUCAAAUACGGGUCUACCAGUUCAGUAGCAUUUAAUCCAGAUUUUAGGAACAACAUGGAAGAAUCAGGCGAAGAUAGUUUCACCGAAGACGAUAUGGAAACAGAGAAUUCAGAAUCAGAACACACCGACCCAACUGAUGAAUCUGGACCUAAAGAUUCAGAAUCAGAACACACCGACCCAACUGAUGAAUCUGGACCUAAAGAUUCAGAAUCAGAAUACACCGACCCAACUGAUGAAUCUGGACCUAAAGAAUAUCCAAUGAUCGAAGGAAAUCUAGAUAAUGGAAUAAUUGUCCGAUAUCCGGAAAAUUAUAGAUCACAUUUUCCAUACGUAUCUCGUCCUCUCCAACUUCAAUCGAGAAACACACAGUUGGCGGAACUGAAAAAUACACUGGUUGGAUCGAAAUUAAUUACAGAUAUGUUUGGUAUAUAUGGCAAAUCUGCUACAGUUGAGGACAAAUUGGCCUCGAUACUGUUCGCAGACAAAUGUGAAGGUGACAUACGAAUCUCUGUAACUGUUAAAGCAAAGCUUUCGCCACACUUCCAAUACUUUGCUUUCCUCAGAAGAAAUGGAGAUUGGGUGAAACUGCCCGUACAAAUGGAGGGUAAUAUCGCUGAAUUCGAAGGAGGUACCUUUGAUAUUCUCUUUUUGACAUCUACACCAAUCAUUGAAACGAUCACACUGGGUCCCGAGGGAAAGGUGUUUACCUCUGAUUACGACAAAAACAUCAAGCUCAUCUUUCCACGUAACUGUGUCUGGGACACAGAAAUCUUACACGUUCAAAUAAUCCCCUCAAGCAAUAAUGGCCCGAUCUGCAUGGAUGAUCAACCCUGCAUUAUUGGUGCAACCAAAUCCAUACAUGUUGACCAUAGAAAGGGGAUAUUCAAACAGCAAAUAGAGAUACACCUGGAACUCUGCCUUUUUGACAACUCCACUGACCCGGAUCUGGCAAAAUACAACUUUGUUGAUGUGCAUGCUGUCAACAAGCAGGAAGGAGAAAUAGUUAUGCGCCAACUACCCACUGAGAGCUACACACGAGUUGUCAGAGGAUUUUCUCUGUGUAUGAAAAUAGACGACUUUGACAGCCACAGCAUCCAACUUGGAAUCCACGAUAAGAUGGUCACACAGACAGGGAAGCUGCGUGCUCGGAUGGCACAUGAUGAGAUUUUCCAUUGCCACAUUCUGGUGUUUAUGUCAGAAAAUAUACAUAAUUAUCAAGGGAAGAGUAUCCGUGUCGAAUGUGUUGAAAAUAAAGAUGUACAAAAAACUAUUGACAAGCUGCAUGCUAUGAAUUACGGCUUCAUUGAGCUGACAAAAUGUCGUUCACCGCCAAUUUUUAUCGAAGAUGGUGAAAGGAUACGGAUUUCUUUACACGGUGGAAUAAAGCUUCCCUGGGGAUUUAGAAAAGACCAGAUGAUUAUUUCAUUUCUCCGUGAAGGCCUUCACACACACAUUGUGUUUCCUGUGGUGACACAAUUCGGAAACAGGCCCUCACACUUUGGUUACAUUGACUUCGAUCGAGCUGAGGGUCAAAAGGAAAUGCUUUACCACACUUUCUUUGAUGUCGACUUCCCAUUCCCGGGUAUGAGAUUGGAACCCGGUUCAGAAACUGCAUCCCUAUCAUCAAUGGAAUUGAGUCCACAAUUUACACGGUCAGCACAAGGAGUAAUUUCAGAAGCAACAUCGUUGAAAUCAAUGAUCGGAUCAGGGUCUGAUUCAGCAAGCUCAUCAAAAGCUUCCUUGCCAGAAGGACAUACGUCCACGACAGCCAAUAUCAUGCUCAAGAUCAACAGUUCUCUAUCGGAGAUGCUCAUCAAUACUAACUGGAAAUUCGUUUUGAGAGCAGUUUUUUUCAGUGACAGUGAGCUUGGUGCAGACAGCAUAAUCUCGGAAGCUGAGAAAAACAACAGUGGCAAUGUGAGGGAGGCCAUAUACUCGGUAUUGACGGCUUGGACUUACAAGACAAACCAUAAAACGCCAAAAGAGAUGUUUGAUGCUAUCAUCCGAGGACUCAAAGAAGAAGACUUUGAACAAAUCGCCCUUACAUUGAAAGAAAGACAUGAACGCGAUGUUCAGUCAUGAUUCACAGAUAAACGCUGGCCGUUUAUAGAAAGAUCAGUAUAAAUAUGAAUAGCGCCAAUAUGAAAUUGAAACUAAAAUACUUUUUAUUACAUGCAUUAAGUUUUGAGAAAUAAUAGAAAAAAUAUGUUUCGUGAAACAUAAAAUUAGUUCGUCUUGGCUACAAGUUUUAUGACAUCAUCAAAUGAAAGGUAUGUUUGUGUUAAUAUUGUUUUUGAUGCAUUCAUUUGGUUAGAUAGAUAAGAGGAGGGACACUGGUACGUAUAGCAAAUACGUAUAUAUAUAGAAUACCAGAUAAGUGUUGGCUCGGCAUCCUGUUCAUCUUUUUUUAAUUAUGAAAGGUAAUCCCAAAUGUGAUUCCGUACCAACUGAUAAUUCUAUUUUUGUCUCUGUGGUCGACUUUGUUAUAUAAUAUUAAUAAUCCAUAAAUAUAUUAUGUUCUCAUUGUCCGAUAGAUAUAUGAACAGUUAAAACCUCAAAAACACGUAGAUCUAUAAAGCAUCAGCGCUUUUAUCCUCAAUCUUCAGACGUUUUACGCAUGGCUUUACAUAGAUACAAGUUAUGACGUCUAAAAUAUAUGGUUUAAUGUAUAUUGUAAUGGUACAAGCGUCUAAACACUGAUAAUGAAAGCGUUAAUGCUUUAUAGAUCUGCGAUUUUUUAACUUUCAUAUAUAUAUAUAUGCAAUUUAACUAACCAUCGUGAAUUGAGAAACUAGCGUAUACCAUAUUAUUAUAUCUUUGUUAGAAAAAAAAAUAAUUUUAACAUGUUAUUCUGUGUUUUUCACAAAACGGUACACAUUGUAACUAUGAUGUAACAAUACAAUGCCAUGUUCCUUUUCCGAUCAGAGAAAAUGACGUUUCUUGAUCGUAUGGUUUUUCAAAUUAACAUCAAUAGAAUGUUUCUCGUUCAUUCGUUUUACAUGUGAAUUGAAACAAACAUGUUUUUUUCUGUAAUUUUGACAGCAAUUAGGAAUAUGAAGAAUGUUCAUUUAACAGUUUAAAAUGUAUAUUAACCUGCGUGAUAAAUUGAUGAAAAGCUAUACCAUCAUACGAAUAAUUUUCAGUAUAUAUGCUUUUAUUUUACUUUUCAUCAUUUAAUAAUGCAAGAGGAAGCUCAAACUAUUUAUAAAACCAUAAAAUAGGAAAUGAACUCAUCAUUAACACAAAUGACGCAAUAGAAUUGAAAAGCGUAUAGAUAGGUUAAUCAGGGGAAUCAACCUGGAAUAUCAUUCACGUGAUUUUAUCUUGUGGCUUAUUUUCCGUGUCAUCAUUCCGUAUUUUUGUAAAUUAUAGUAAACGCCGGGUACAUUGUAAUAUCUAGGAGUGACGAUGGCAUUUCAACCCAAUACCAAGACGUUACUUGGAAAGUUUGUAAUGUACUGUAUAGUUAUUUCAAGGGGCUAAUAUUUCAUGGUUGUCCCGAUCAGAACUCUUUCGUGGUGAAUAAAUUUCGCGCAAUAACACUUAGUCAAAACUUUGUAGUCACUAGUUUUUCCAAUACAGUUACAAGGCACACUCGGUCUGCAAUUAAGCUUGAUCAGAAUGAGACAACCGUUCCGUCACGGACUUGUCUCAUCAACAAAUGAGCUUUGUUCACAUUUCAAUUAAAACAUGUUGGAAAGUGAGUUGCUUUUUCUUAAUUGUUUUAUAACAACCCUGGUAGGAAAAGGUUUGAAAUAAAAUCGACUUGACACUGCCACAUCAUGAAUAUCUGGCUUGGUCUACUUGAGUAUUCGGCAGUAAACAUUAAAACAUGUAAAUGGAUUAAUUGUGUUUCUGUAUAAAUUAACGACGCUUUUUUAAAGCUACGGUAAAAAUAUUCGCUUGAUUUUUAAUUUCGCGGAAUCUAUCUUCAGUGAGAACAUAGUGAAAUUAAAACCCUUGCGAAUAAUAGCAUCUGAAUAGUACAUCGGAAAACGAAUUUCAGAAAUAAAGCUUCCGAUACAAAGACAUACAGUUGUGUGAUCGCACAAUGCAUUAAAAUUACCUUGCACACAUCAGGCAUACAUCGUGUAUAUACCAUCCGCACAUAGUGCGCAAAACUGUGCGAUUUAACAAUCGAUCGCCCAUUGUGCGAUAAAACGCGUACAUUUGUGCGAUAUGGUACGAUAGGUGGAUCGAUGUAACGGAAUGAAAAACUAAUCUUGAAGACGCGAAUAAAAUGAGGCAAAUUAUACGUAUUUAAUAUCCGAUCGGUAAAUUUUGCACUUUAUCUAAUUCUUCAAUAUUUGUUACACAUUCUUGCAAUGACUAUAAAACAGUCAAUAAUUGAAUUGUUCUAUCAGGGAUAAAAAUGGUAUACGUACGUAGUGUAUCAGGUUGGGAUGAUUGUCGGUUACAGGUCAUCGGUGAUUUGACACUGAUCAAAACACAACUGAACCUUACUUGUGUUAACUAAUACUGUCAGGCUGUGUAAUACAAUUUCACACCUACUUCACGGUUGACUAGAUACAAAACAGGUGCCCGUUACCAGGUAAUUAACAGUUCACUAUUAUAACUGGUAACAUGUAAGACUGCUUUGUUUACAUUGUAUUUGUGUGUACAGUACGUAUAUUUAUGUAAAUAUACAUAAAACUCCGCAAACAGGUUCUUAUUUGAAGGGAGACAGCUACCUCCCAGAAUCAAAAUGUUGUGAAUUGUAGAUACAAUACCUAACUACGUGUCCUGUAUAUUUGUUUUCUUCAGAACAUCACAUG